CCUGUUUUUCAUUGUAGUAAAUUACUGACAAAGAAAGAGGGCACUCGCGUUCAAGCGAAAACUCAUGCUGUUUAAUCAGUGGCGAAGCAAAUAUCACAGCCAAGUUGCCACAGACUGCGUUGUUGAAGAACAGACACAUUGCUUCACAGAUUCAGGUGCUGAAACAUCGCUCACUUGCAAAAUGUGUUGAGAGGAUAGGGGGACGCAAUGAAACACUCUUGAAUAAAAUUGCUUUGAUUGUUAUUCACAACUAACAAGUUAAUCACAAAAGAUGGUAUUUGAACCUAAACUUUGUUUUGAAAAUGACCCUUUAUAAUAAUAAUAAUAAUAAUAAUAAUCCUGGUCCCUUUUAAAAGUUGGAUAUUUUGAGCAGCAAACAAGAAACGCUACCAACCACAAGAAAUGGAUAUGAUCAGACAAGGGUCGUCGUAGACAUGAUUUGGAUUGCAUCAUAUAAGAAAAUGAUUUUAAUUGUGGUGUUGUUAUUCCCUGCAUUCCUUUUUCAAACUGUUUUCCCUCAUAACAAUAUUUAUGAAAGGUCGCUGUUGACGAUGGCCUCUUCCCAGCGCGCUGUUGCUAGAUUAGACGGGGAUAUAAUUAUCGGAGCCCUUUUCUCCGUCCAUCACCAACCUCCGGCUGAAAAAGUCCCAGAGAGGAAAUGUGGGGAAGUCAGAGAGCAGUAUGGUAUCCAAAGGGUGGAAGCCAUGUUCCAUACAUUGGACAGGAUCAAUUCUGACCCUACCCUUCUGCCAAACAUCACCCUGGGUUGUGAGAUCAGAGACUCUUGCUGGCACUCUUCGGUGGCUCUGGAACAAAGUAUUGAAUUCAUAAGGGACUCCCUUAUCUCAAUUCGGGAUGAAAACGAUGGAUCCAGAUGGUGUCUUGAUGGGUCAACCUCAUACCUCCCCCCAAGAACGAAGAAGCCGAUUGCUGGAGUCAUUGGGCCAGGCUCUAGUUCUGUGGCUAUCCAAGUCCAGAAUCUACUGCAGCUCUUCAACAUUCCUCAGAUUGCUUACUCUGCAACCAGUAUUGACCUGAGUGACAAAACCCUCUUCCAGUACUUCCUAAGGGUUGUGCCCUCUGAUACUCUUCAGGCACGGGCCAUACUGGACAUUGUCAAACGCUACAAUUGGACCUAUGUGUCUGCAGUCCACACUGAAGGAAACUAUGGGGAGAGUGGAAUGGAAGUUUUCAAGGAGCUCGCCACCCAGGAUGGUCUGUGCAUUGCCUACUCUGAUAAAAUCUACAGCAACGCUGGGGAGAAACACUUUGACAGACUGCUGCGGAAGUUGAGAGAGAGGUUACCUAAGGCCAGAGUCGUUGUGUGUUUCUGUGAAGGAAUGACAGUGAGAGGGCUGCUCAUGGCCAUGAGGAGACUGGGGGUGGCUGGAGAGUUUCUACUAAUUGGGAGUGAUGGCUGGGCAGACAGGGAUGAGGUGGUUGAAGGCUACGAGCAGGAGGCUGUGGGCGGUAUCACGAUGAAGCUAAAGUCACCGGAGGUCAUGUCCUUUGAUGACUACUUCCUGAAGCUGCGACUUGACACAAAUACCCGAAAUCCCUGGUUUGCUGAAUUCUGGCAGUACCGUUUUCAGUGCCGCAUCCCCGGAAACCCAAUGGAAAACCAACAUUACAGAAAGAUUUGCACAGGCAAUGAGAGUUUAGAAGAAAACUAUGUACAGGACAGCAAGAUGGGAUUUGUUAUUAAUGCCAUUUACGCUAUGGCUCACGGCCUGCAUGACAUGCAACAGAAUCUAUGCCCAGGCCACACAGGGCUGUGCGAAGCUAUGAAUCCCAUUGAUGGCAGCAAGCUGUUGGGGUUUCUGUUGAAGACUUCAUUCCUUGGUGUUUCUGAAGAGGAAAUUUAUUUUGAUGAAAAUGGAGACACUCCCGGCAGGUAUGAAAUCAUGAAUCUUCAAAACGUGGAACCUGGCCGGUUCGACUAUAUGAAUGUCGGCUCCUGGCAUGAAGGGAUCCUGAAUAUUGAUGACUACCGGAUUCAGAUGAACAGGAGUGGGAUGGUGCGCUCUGUGUGCAGUGAACCCUGCUUAAAGGGACAAAUAAAGGUGAUCCGAAAGGGCGAGGUGAGCUGCUGCUGGAUUUGCACUGCAUGUAAGGAAAAUGAAUUUGUACAAGAUGAGUUUACCUGUAAGGCCUGCGACCUGGGAUGGUGGCCAAACGAGGAGCUGACAGGCUGCGAACAAAUUAUUGUAAGGCACCUCGAAUGGAGUACUGCAGAGUCCAUAGUGGCAGUGGUUUUCUCGUGCCUGGGAAUCUUGGUCACAAUGUUCGUCACCUUUAUCUUUGUGCUGUACAGAGACACUCCGGUGGUCAAAUCCUCCAGCCGAGAGCUCUGCUACAUCAUACUGGCAGGGAUUUUCCUGGGCUACAUCUGUCCCUUCAUACUGAUUGCGAGGCCCACCGUGGGAUCCUGCUACCUUCAGCGACUCAUGGUGGGACUCUCCUCAUCCAUGUGCUACUCAGCUCUGGUGACCAAAACCAACCGAAUCGCCCGGAUCCUGGCAGGCAGCAAGAAAAAGAUCUGCACCAGAAAACCAAGGUUCAUGAGCGCUUGGGCUCAGGUUGUCAUUGCGUCUCUCCUAGUCAGUGUGCAGCUUACGCUGGAGGUGACCCUUGUCAUCAUGGAGCCUCCCAUGCCAGUCCUGUCUUACCCCAGCAUCAAGGAAGUCUUCUUGAUCUGUAACACCAGCAACUUGGGAAUGGUGGCCCCUCUUGGAUACAACGGGCUGCUCAUCAUGAGCUGCACUUACUAUGCAUUCAAGACCAGAAACGUCCCUGCCAACUUUAAUGAGGCCAAAUACAUAGCUUUCACCAUGUACACAACCUGCAUCAUAUGGCUGGCCUUUGUGCCUAUAUAUUUUGGCAGCAACUACAAAAUUAUCACCACCUGUUUCUCUGUGAGUCUGAGCGUGACAGUGGCACUGGGGUGCAUGUUCACUCCCAAGAUGUACAUUAUCAUUGCAAAGCCAGAGAGGAACGUCCGAAGUGCGUUUACCACCUCCGAUGUCGUGCGCAUGCACGUGGGUGAUGGAAAAGUUGCCUGUAGGAACAAUGGUUUACUAAAUAUGUUCAGGAGGAAGAAAAACAUUACUGGAAAUUCUAAUUCUAAUGGAAAGUCUGUGUCAUGGUCUGAACCAGGUGCAAGACAGCCACCAAAGGGGGAGCACAUGUGGCACAGGCUGUCGGUCCAUGUGAAGAGACAGGAGGCAGGAUCGAAUCAGACAGCAGUCAUCAAACCCCUAACUAAAUCCUACCAGAACAAGAGCCUCAACUUCUCAGACAUGAGCACCAAGACCUUGUACAACGUGGCCGAAGAAGAUGAGAGCGACCCUAUCAGGUACACCAGGCCCAACAGCCCUUCCAUGAUGGUGCACAGGCGAAUUCCCUCUAUGGAGUCACUAAAUGAAGGGGAACAACCCCAGCUGUACACACCAGAGCAUAUGCAGAAUACCUUCCUUCCCCAGCAAGUCAUGAUGGACCAGCUUGUCAGUACCUACAACACAAGCAUCCCGGACCUGAACUCCAUGAUUACCCUUCCGGGACCUGGGAAUGGAGUGAGGCCUGUCUACCAGCCCCACCUCAUGCAACAGCAGGUCUUUCCUCUUCAGAUGACCACCUUCAGUGAGGAGCCGGUUUCCCCAGUUGAGGAGAUGGAGAGUGAGCAUUUCAACCUCAUUCAAGGCUACAUGUAUGACAAUGCAGAGAUCCGUGAGGAGGAGGAGCUGGUGCAAAGCAAACUGACACUGGAUGACUCCCCGGCCCUGACGCCCCCCUCCCCUUUCAGAGAUUCGAUGGGCUCAGGCAGCUCGGUUCCAAGCUCUCCCGUGUCUGAAUCAGUGCUUUGCACACCUCCAAAUGUGACAUACGCAGCCGUCAUUCUAAGGGACUAUAAGCAAAGCUCUUCUACACUUUAAGACAGUGCAGCAAAACUGGGACACAAUAAAUCCAAGCCAAGUCAGAACCUUUUGAGCGAACAAGGCCGAAGCAAAAAAUAAGGCAAAUGAAAGGUCAACCGAUGAUUGACAUUUUUAAAGGUCUGUUUAUGCCUUUUUACUUUGGUAGAUUUAAAAAUAAAUAAGAAAACAAAGAGAAAAAAACACUUUUAAUAGCUUAUGUAACAAUAAAGGACAAAGCACAAAAUAAAUCA